GGGCCGCUGGUGCGGCGGGCGGAGCGCGGCCGGCGGCGGCGCGGAGAGGAGCGGAGCGGCUGGAGGAUGCUGAAGAGCUGCGGGAGGAAGCUGCUCCUGUCCCUCGUGGGCUCCAUGUUCACCUGCCUCCUGGUGCUCAUGGUGGAGCCGCCGGGGAGGCCGGGGCUGGCCCGGGGGGAGGCCGGCGGGGCUCAGCGGGCGCUCCAGAGCCUGGGGGCGGCGGCGGCUCCCCCGGCGGCGCAGGGUCCCCCCGGUCUCCGCAGUUUCGCCGACUACUUCGGGCGGCUGAGCCGAGCCCGGCGGGAGCUGCCCGCCGCCCCGCCGAGCCCCCCGCGGCCGCCAGCCGAGGACAUCUCCCCCCGCGAUGUCUUCAUCGCCGUCAAGACCACCAAGAAGUUUCACAAGGCGCGGCUGGAGCUGCUGCUCGACACCUGGAUCUCCCGCAACCGCGACAUGACCUUCAUCUUCACGGACGGGGAGGAUGAGGAGCUGAAGAAGCAAGCACGAAAUGUCAUCAACACCAACUGCUCGGCUGCCCACAGCCGCCAGGCCCUGUCCUGCAAGAUGGCUGUGGAGUAUGACAAGUUCAUCGAGUCUGGCAGAAAGUGGUUCUGCCAUGUGGACGAUGACAAUUACGUGAACGUGCGGAUGUUAGUGAAGUUGCUCUCCAGCUACCCCCACACACAGGACAUCUACAUCGGGAAGCCCAGCCUGGACCGGCCCAUCCAGGCUACAGAGAGGAUCAGUGAGAACAAGAUGCACCCCGUGCAUUUCUGGUUUGCCACGGGAGGAGCAGGGUUUUGUAUCAGCCGGGGGCUGGCACUGAAGAUGAGCCCAUGGGCCAGCGGGGGCCACUUCAUGAGCACAGCAGAGAAGAUCCGCUUGCCUGAUGACUGCACCAUUGGCUACAUCAUCGAGUCUGUGCUGGGAGUGAAGCUCAUCCGGAGCAAUCUUUUCCAUUCGCACCUGGAGAACCUCCACCAAGUGCCCAAGACAGAGAUCCACAAGCAGGUGACACUAAGCUAUGGCAUGUUUGAAAACAAGCGUAACUCCAUCCACAUGAAGGGAGCUUUCUCUGUCGAGGAGGACCCAUCCAGGUUUCGCUCCGUGCACUGCCUGCUCUACCCCGACACGCCGUGGUGCCCCGCUAACGUGGUUUACUAGGAGACAUGUGUCCCCUCCAACCUCGUCCCAAAUUUCCCCGGUAUCCGACGGGCAUGUGGGACCUGCGUGCGGGUGUGUCAGUCCGGCCUCACCUCCAGGCGGACGGGCGGACGUUGUUGCUGUGGUAUUGCACAGUGUGUGUGUGUACUGAAGGCUGCUGUGCGGCCCCUUCUCCCCUGCCCUGCCUGCCCCGCUGCCCAUUCCGGCCGGGAUGGCAGGGAGGGACGGGUCCUGAGCACUUAACCAUUGGGCACCCCUGUGGCCCUGGUUGACCCCACGCCAUGCGUGGGGAGUGACCGUGGGUGCUGCGGGGCUCUGCCUGCCCCUGGCUUGCUUCUCUCUCUUUUUUUUUUUUUCCUUUUAAAUGUUAAGUUUUUUGGUGUGUGCCUCCCUCACCCCACUCCCACAACCCCCCACCCGUCCCAUCCUCUUUCCCAGUCUCAACAUCUCAGCAGCGAAGCUCCAGCUCCCAAUUCAGAUGAGGGGUCAACCGGUCAGUUUUGUUCCCCAGCUUGGCAGGCAGGGUGCAGGCAGGGGAAGCUGCCGGCUGUGGCAAACGCUGCUCCAGGGUGCUGCAAAGCUGCUGGGUGCUCGAUGGUCUCACUGGAGGGAGACAGUGGGGUGGGCUUCGAGCUGGCCUUGGCGUUAGCUCCGUUUCCCGGAGCUGCCCCCGCCUGGCCGAGUUGUUGCCGGCAGCAUUGAUCUGUGCACUAUCUGUAGAGCCUAAUGCAGAGACUUUCUAUAAAUGGAGGGUAGGGAGGAGGGCUUUUCUGGAGCCACCAGCAUGCGUGGCCACUGUGUUUGUACAGUCUCCCUCCAGUGCCAGCUCCCUGCCUGCUUGUGGGCCGGGUGCAGGCAGGCUGAGCACCAGCAGCUCUGCACCUUCCCAUAGGAGCACUUCAGGGUCAUGAAGUGUUCCUCACCCAUCCCUGCCAUGGGGCUGGAGCACCCACGGAGUGCCCAGCUGGACACCAUGGGCAGGCAGCAUUUCCCAGCCCAGCUGCCACUCGUUUCCUGCUGGGACCUGAGGAGGGAUUUAGCCAGGAAGGGAGAGGGUCUCUAUAACCCUCCAAGCUGCCCUGCCUGCCACUACAAGCCCUACACCUUUGGGGUAAGUGGGCUGAGCUGGAGCUGGACAUUUCCAACCUGAAGCUGAGUGAAAAUAGCCCAUAGUGGGUGUGUUGUAAAUAUGUUAUUGCGCCAGUAUUUUUUUUACUGUGCUUUUUUUUUAAAAAAAAACAAAAAACCAACAAAAAAACCCCCCACACAUUGAGGAAUAUGUAGAUUUUAAAAUGCUUUUUAUACGUUUUCUGUGGAUCAGAAAAAUAAACCCCAACCCAACCUUCUUAUAAUCUGUUUAAGAAAGAAAGAAAGAAAAAAUAAUAAUUGCAAUGUCCUGUAACUAUCACUUACCUUAAUUUAUAUGUUCCAGUAUCUGGAACGCCACUCUGUGCUUUUUGUAACUAGGAUGUGUUAAAAGCAAUAGGUGUGGGAUGGGGAACCAGCAUGGACAGUGUGUUCUCAGGGACUUGAACCCAAUGGCUGCCACGGAGUCCCCGUGGGAGCCCUCACCAAUAAAGCAGCUUUUUUGCUGACCACA